AUGGUUUCAUUAAAAAUCGAUAUUGCAACUCGAAUGGAACGAAGUGUACUAGGCGUUAAUUUACAAUACAUUAGGGAUUACAAAAUACAUAUAAAUACCAUAGGCAUGAUUGAAACUACGAAACGACACACCGCUGAAAAUCUGAAAGAGGAAAUAUUAAAAUGCCUUACUGAAUACGGUAUCAGCAUAAACCAAAUUUACUCUAGCACCACUGAUAACGGUGCAAAUGUUGUCAGAAUGUCCAAAUUGUUACAAGAAAUGCAACAGGACAACUUUUCUAAUGACGAGGACAUUGAAACGGAUUAUGCUGAAUCAAACAGUAUCCAGUCGCAAAUUGCUUCUGUUUUCUCUGUUGUUCGUUGUGCCGCACAUGCAAUACAGUUAGCAGCCUAUGAUGUUUUGAAAACAAUAGAAGGGGACAUUAAAGAAUGCCGAAACAUUGUAAAGAAAUUACGGACAUCGAUGGAACUCGACCUAUGA